AUUUUCAUCAUGAAGUCCCGACAACUGAUUAUAGCAUUGUGCAUAAGUGUUAUAGCAAGUUCUACGGCGCUUCCCACCCGGAAUGAACUUGUAGUAUUUCGAGAUGACUCUUCAGAAGCCUCUAACCUAAUUAGUGGGAUUUUCGAUGUCCCCACGGAUAUCAAAAUAACAGAGAUGCGCGUACGCUCUGAAAUAGCCCUCCGAUAUGCGUGCACUUCUGUGGUGACUCACGUGCGGAACCCUAAAAAACAGCCUCAGGAGGUUACGUUCCGUAUGCUGCUGCCUGACACUGCCUUCAUCAGUAACUUUACCAUGAUUUUAGGUGGGAAAUGCUACAAAGCGUACGUUAGAGAAAAAUUAGAAGCUCAACAGAUUUACAAUCAAUCGGUAGCGGAGGGGCUUAGCGCUGCUCACGUUGCAACCGAAGCACGAGACUCGAAUCACUUCGUUGUAUCAGUGAACGUGCAAGGCAAUUCCACAGCUGUCUUUGACUUGAGAUACGAAGAAUUUCUGGUCCGGCGUAAUGGUCUAUACAACCAUGCUAUCAAUUUGAAUCCUGGAGGUCCUGUGCAAAAAAUGGAGGUCGUUGUGCGUAUCAAGGAAUCACAAAAGAUCACUAAACUGUUUGUUCCUGAAAUAAGAUCUGGCAACGAGGUUGAUGCGACGGAAAAAGAUACGCAAAACUCUAAAGCAGAAAUUCGUAGAGGUAACAGCAAACGGGAGGUAAUCGUUACUUUUGCUCCUGAUUUGAUAGAACAGGAAAGACUUGCUGAAGUUUAUGAGAGAAAAUCCAAAGACAAGAACUCAAUGGAAAAGUUCAUAGGCUAUAGUAGCGAUGAAGACGAGAGCGAACGAGAAGGUUCAACACUCGGCCAGUUCGUAGUACAGUAUGACGUUGAGCGAUCUAAUAAUGGUGAAGUUUUGGUAAAUGAUGGUUAUUUUGUACACUUCUUGGCUCCCACGUCGCUGCCGCCUUUAAACAAGUACGUGGUUUUCGUGCUGGAUACUUCUGGCUCCAUGAUGGGCAGGAAAAUCGAUCAGCUGCGAAGCGCAAUGGCGGCCAUCCUCUCCGAUCUCAAUCCAAACGACUAUUUCAAUAUUGUCGAAUUCAACUCCGUCGUUACGGUUCACGAACUAAAGGAGGCGGAUGACGCUCAGUCGGCUUGGUACAGCAAUUCGGCGCUGGUGCCACCAGCUCGCGCAACGCCGGAAAACAUUGAUAAGGCAAAAGUUAUAGUAUCCGAACUUGAUGUUUCUGGAGUUACCGAUAUCCACAGCGCGCUGGAAAUGGCAUUCAACCUUGUAAGACAGGAAAUAGCUCAGGAAGAUGGAAAAGAAUUACCAAAUGGAGACACUGGUCCUAGCGAUACAGAUACAAAUGGAAGUCCCAGCGAAACAGACACAAAUGUUGAUGAGGUAGCAAAUAUAGAAAAAGAUUUGGAGCGUAUGGUCAUAUUUCUGACAGACGGCGAUGCCAACGAAGGCGAAACUAGUGCCGCCCGAAUCGUUACUUCAAUUACUAGGAAAAACUCUGGACAUAAACGUGCUUCCUUAUACACACUCGCAUUUGGUGAAGAAGCGAACCGCGUCUUCUUGCGUGAGCUAUCGCUUCGCAAUGAAGGCUUCAUGCGACAGAUCUACGUGGCAGCUGACGCGGCACUACAACUGUACGAUUUCUACCGACAGGUGUCUUCGCCGCUCCUCUCUCAUGUGCAGUUCCAAUAUCCCCGCAGACAGAUAAAAGAAGGCUCCGUGAGUCGCACUCAGUUCCGCAGCAUCAACGCAGGCUCCGAGGUGGCGGUCGUCGGCCAGAUCGCCGAAGACGUCAACGAGAUCACGCCGACAGUUCGCGGCGUGCGUAGCAGCGGCGAUGGCUCUGGCAGGAAAACUUACAAAUCCAACCCGAUAGUGGCUGUAAACAACACAACAGACGAGCACCUGCCGCUGGAGCGCCUGUGGGCGUACCUCACUAUCAGACAGCUGCUGGAUCAGCACGAGGCUGACCACAAUUACAGCAACGACGAGAACAGCCCUGGACAGAAGGCUUUGAAUAUAGCUCUCCAGUACGCGUUUGUGACACCCCUGACAUCGUUAGUAGUGGUUAGGCCAGAUGAAAAAGGAGCUAACGAAAUGCGAUCUCGAUACGAAUACGCGCCUCGCUCUCCGCCUAUCAUGGCACCCGUCGUACCAGAAGCUACUUUGCAUACCUCAAACGAGUACGCCUCAGACGGUUUCAGUGCAUUUCCUAUGUCUGCUGCUCUUGUACCAGGCAAUACAAUGAAAACUUACUCCGUUGAUCGUCAUUUCGUGGGCCCUACUCUUAGAGCUGGAGGAGUAGGCCGAAUCCCAAAAAGUUACGCCCACACUCUCAAUACUGCGUCCAGGGCAAGCACAGCACGAUUCACUGCAAUCUCAGAUCAUUCAAAUCCUACAGGGUCUGUGGUAGUGAUUACGUCAAGUCGAGUAAACAACCGCUUUUUUAAUGAUCACAGAUACAGUCAACAUAGACACAAUAUAGGAGAUCAAUUUGAACGUCCUCAAGAUUCGAUAAUCUUCAGCCCUGGGCGCAUGAUCACUGCACCUGGCCCAGAGCGCAUAGCCACUGCAGUUAAAACCGUGCCGGAUGUCACACUCACCACGGGAGGUAGAUUCAAUUCGAUGACCGAAAGGAAUUACGUCACUACGCCGCCAUACAUGGAAUCUAACUCGGGAGCUGGUUCGAUAAGCCUAAACAUACCUGAAAUAGAUGAACAACAUAAAAUAAUAGGGGGCAAUAGUUAUGGAAAUCAUCAAAAUGGUCCUUUUGCUAAGGGGGAAAAUGGAAAUUAUCAAGCAAGACAUUUUGGUGGACGUGACUAUAGAAUCGGCGGUUACGAGAUAAACGAAAGUCCUGUUGCUCUAGAAAAGAACGAAGUCUCGAGUGAACAAAGAAUGAGUGAUUGGAACAAACUAUACAACAGUAUGGGGCCAGUUGUGAUGCUCAAAACAAAUUCAACUCGAGUAUUCCUGAAACUCAUAGAAGAUGGUCCCCCACCGGAAACUGCCGGCGGGGAUGAAGAGUGCUCGAACGCAAUCGCAGUGGAUGAACACGUGGACGAAGAUAGUGUUUGCGUAUACAUCACACGUUGCUACGACAUGACAGACAUAAUAGCCAACGAGGAUUAUAUAAAAAGCUACUGCGUCAUCAACGAUGGAUAUGCCGGGGUUUGCUGUCCAAGAAGUUUAGUGUAUGAUUAAAUUAGUGA